AUGGAUGCUUUGAAAAUGGACGUUGAAGAUCAAGUGAUACGCAAGUUGGAGAAAUCUGAAUUAUUGAGGGAUUUAAAUGUUUCUAAGGAUUUCAAUGAUUUUAGUGAAUACACCAGCAAAUUAGGCGUUUUAAGCCUGUCAAAUGUAGAGUUGAAUCAUCAAUUCAAUCAAUUACUAUCAAACUAUAAUCAGCACGAUAAGACUUAUGAUUUAAAAGCUGAAUUGAUUGAAUUGAAGCAGCUGAAGGCUUAUAAUCAUUGGCUAUUAGAUCUGAUUCAGUUGGGGAAACUACUCGAUGACUUGGCUAUUAAUUUUGAUAUCAAUAAAUACAAUUCUAUCAGAUUGAUGGAGCUUGAGCUUCUGAGAAAGUACAAUAACCAUGAAUAUAUUUCAAAACUCAAGCAAAACACGUUCAAUAAGAUCAAAGAUGACUUGAUUUCAAGCUUGGUUAAUGAUCUUACUCGAUUAGGAUACCCAAAUGAUGAAAUCAGACCCCUAAACCUUGAAAAUUACCCUUCAUUUACUCUCAACCUUAGUAGAUUGAAUGAAUUUGAUAUAGAGACGUGCAAAAUUGAUGAUACUGAUUACAGAUGCCUUGUCGUUCAAGCCUUUGUUGAACCUAUCAGAAUUAGAUUCGCUUACCACUUUGAAAGUAACUUAUACACCAGCAAGCUCAAUAAACCUGAAUAUUAUCUCAAUUAUAUCACUGACAACAUCAUCAAACAUAGGAGAUUUCUUUCUUCCGAAAUACAGCACCUCACCCCGCAUGAUAACACCCUGAAUAGCUACGUCGAUCAGCUUAUUCAACUAACUAAGGGCAAGUUUGUCAGAUCUAUACCUUCUAUGCUCGGUGUUCCGAAUAUACUCACUCACACUAUCCAUCAAUGUCUGAAAUUUGAUCAAUUCCUUCUCUCGCAUGAGCUAUCCACAAAUGCUGUUAUCUCUAAUGCCUUUUUGAAUAAUGGCGAUUGGUUCAACAGCUGGUUGGAUUCUGAAACCAGGCUCGCGAACGACACGUUCCAAUCCAUUAUCAGUUCAACGAAUGCCUGGUCAUUUAUUCAGCAGACGUCUUGCAGUGAUAAUGAAGAUGACUUCUCUCUAGAUACGAAAUCUUCUAUCAACUGCACUGUUUCAGCUCAGAAAACUUUGGAUCUGAUUGAGGCAAUCACGGAUAGGUACAGACCACUUCCAUCGCUCCAACAGCGCGCCAAUUUCUUAAUUAAAGUGCAGCUUCCGUUGAUAGAAAAAUACGGUAACAAAUUGACAAUGUCUCUGGACGCAUUUGAGUCUUAUUCAUCUACAUUCAUAGCAGCAAUGUCAAGUGUACCGGGCUCGUUUGGAGAGAAGCAUAAAUCUAAUCAGGAAGAUUCACUAGGAUCGUCCACCCUCACUAAACUUAUCAAAAUCAUAUUAAAUGCGCAAUAUUUUAGUCAAGUAAUAUCUGACUUGGGUGAAGAUAUCUUUUUUUUGGAACUGUGGGAUCAUUUCACAGCCUCCUCACCAACUGACAACGGUACAUUUGAGAAGACCAUUUUUUCAGAACUCGCGAGCAUGUUUAAUACUCUAUCCCAACGCGCCCAAACCAUUUUGAUUGGCCAUACAGCUUCAUCAGUAAUGCUUUCGUUCGACGACUAUCUUAAAUCGAGACUGUGGAAUCUAGACAUACAACCUGAAAAAGACGAAUAUAGUCAGGAGCUGUCAAAAUCUUACAGUAUCUUGAAGCAUCACUUAGUUGUGAUACAUGAAGAGCUAUCUUACAGUUACAGAAUUGUAACAAAGGUGCUGAUCAAAGAGAUAUCAAAUACGGUGAUGCAGUCGAUUCGACGGAGUAUAUUUGAGCUGCGUCAACAAUUUUCUCAUCCCUCCAGCCAACAAUUCUUAAAUGACGUUAUCAACUUUACCAAACUAAACACACCCCAUUCAGACAUAACAUUCAACUCGUUUAUACCAUUGAUAGAUCGCCUCAUUCUACUCAGUCUACCUUCCAAACAAACAGAUGAGAACUUGAAGGAGAGAACGCUGUCGAAAGCGAUGCAAUACGCAUGGGAGGAUGAUUCAACACAUUACAACAGAUGGUGCCGUCAAUUACAUCUCAAUGAUCUGGCUAUGGUGGGGUGUGCCGGUAAUUUCGAGGACAGACGGUUUACAGUCGAUCACGUCGAAGCUCAACGUAUUCUCAGAAUGAGAGUAGAGUGCUGGAGGUGA